ACUCUCAUACUAGAUUACUAGCUUAGUAGCUCUGCUCCGAAUUAGCUAGCUAGGCAUUCCCGGAAAAAUGCGUCUGCGGUGCCGCGCGCUUUUUACCUUCCUCCUCCUCCUCCUCAUUGGCUCGUCGCCGGCAAUAGGGUGGCGGCCAUGGCAAAACCAAAACCCCAACGCCACCGAUUUGAUAUUGGGCGGCUCAAAGAAGUACGAGGGCUCCUCUGACCUCAUCCAUCUCAAGUACCACAUGGGCCCCGUUCUCACCUCCAACAUCACCGUUUACCCCAUCUGGUACGGCCGCUGGGGGAGCGCUCAGAAGCGGAUUAUCCGCGACUUCAUUAGCUCCAUCUCCGCCGCGGCGCCGCCGCCGUCAGUCGCCGCGUGGUGGAAAACCGCCCGGCUCUACACGGAUCAGACCGGCGGCCAUGUUUCUCGGAUUGUCCGGCUCGGCGCCGAGAAGAACGAUAGGUUUUGCUCUCACGGGAAAUCCCUGACUCGAUUGAGCGUUCAGUCCGUGAUUAAAUCCGCCGUGACUGCCCCGACCCGGCCCGUACCCGUCAACCCGAAGGGCGGGGUUUACCUGCUGCUGACGUCAGACGACGUCUACGUCCAGGAUUUCUGCAACAAUGUCUGCGGCUUCCAUUACUUCACGUUCCCGUCGAUCGUGGGGUACACGCUCCCGUACGCGUGGGUCGGAAACUCCGGCAAGCUCUGCCCGGGCACCUGCGCCUACCCGUUCGCCGUUCCCGAUUACAUUCCGGGCUUGACGGCCGUGAAACCCCCCAACGGCGACGUUGGGGUGGACGGGAUGAUAAGCGUGAUCGGGCACGAGAUCGCGGAGCUCUCCACCAACCCGUUGGUGAACGCGUGGUACGCCGGGCAGGACCCGGUUUUUCCGGUGGAAAUCGCCGACCUCUGUGAAGGGAUAUACGGCACCGGCGGCGGGGGGUCGUACACCGGCCAAAUGUUGGCCGGCAAAGACGGCGCGACGUAUAACGUGAACGGGGUUAGAAGGAGGUUCUUGGUGCAGUGGCUAUGGAACCAUGUGCUAAAUUACUGCACUGGCCCUAAUGCACUAGACCAGUGAAUUGAUGUUUUGCUCAUCUCCUAUGGGCAUUUUUGGGAUUUCGGUGGCUAUUCACAUUCUUUUUUGAAUUUGUUGGUUUUCGGUUAAAUGUGUUAUUGGAAAAUUAGUUAAGGUAGUUAUCCCUGGUUAAAUUUCUCAUUUUUAUACCACUCAUUCAUUACUAUCUUAUGGAGUUAA